AUGGAGAAUUUCACGCAAGAGAAAAUGUUCAGUAGUAGUAACAGUAGUAGUAGUAGUAGUAGUAGUAGUGUGAGUAGCAGUAGUAGUAGUAGUAGUAGUAGUAGUAGUAGUAGUAGUAGUGUGAGUAGUAAUAGUAGUAGUACAGUGAAUAAGAGUAGUAAGAAGGGUAAUGUCAGUAGUGAUGUAAUCAUGACAAAACACCGAUGA